UAAUCCAUUCUCAUUCUUCACCUCUCUUCGAUUCAACAUCUCCCCAACAUGUGUGGCUUCUCCUAAAAAAUUAUUAUGUGCAGAGUAUAGUUUGCAUUCAUGCAAAAUCUGUAUAUAAAAGAGUUACAUAUAAUAAACACGUCCCUCUCCUCCUCGUCUAUCCCGCCAAACUACUCUUUUGUCCGCUUACCGCUUAGGUGCCGCUCAGCCCUCCACACACUGCUUGCUCAUGAGCAGAUAAAGGGGAGCACCUAUUGUCCGGUGCCUCGAUGAAUCUCUAGGUUUCAUGAACAUCUCGUGAGCUUUUUAUUACAACCCCUAGAGCGGUGCGGUGGAUCGGGGAGUAAAACGGAGCAGCUUCUUUUUUGGUAGUCUCGGAUUGGACAUCGGAAAGCGGCGCCGCUCUUCUUCGACAACUCGGGCUAAGGAUUAUUUUUAAUGGCAUCGAGGGAGGACAAUGCCAUACCUGUCUCUCUUACCAAAGGGGUACCUGCAGUGGCUAAUCCUUCUGCCAGGCAGCCGUCUGAAGUUGCCUCCAACAUUGUAUACCACACUCAAUUCAGCCCUCAUUUUUCACCGCUCAAAUUUGACCAGGAGCACGCUUUUUAUGCUACAGCGCUAAGUGUCCGUGAUAACCUGAUUCAGAGAUGGAAUGAUACAUACUUUCAUUUUCACAAGCAUGAUCCCAAGCAAACCUAUUACUUGUCCAUGGAGUAUUUACAAGGCCGUGCUCUUACUAAUGCUAUUGGGAACCUUGACAUUGAAGGAGCAUAUGCCGAUGCUUUGAAUAAACUGGGGCAUGAAAUUGAAGAAAUUGCUGAAAAGGAGAAAGAUGCAGCUCUAGGAAAUGGAGGCUUGGGUAGGCUUGCAUCUUGCUUUCUAGAUUCAAUGGCAACUCUAAACUUACCUGCAUGGGGUUAUGGUUUGCGAUAUAGAUAUGGCCUUUUUAAGCAGAAGAUUUCCAAAGAGGGCCAAGAAGAGCUAGCUGAAGAUUGGCUGGAGAAGUUCAGUCCUUGGGAGGUUGUACGGCAUGAUGUUGUUUUUCCUGUAAGAUUUUUCGGCCAUGUUGAGAUAUCUUCAACAGGAUCUAGGAAAUGGGUUGGAGGAGAGGUUCUUCAGGCACUUGCAUAUGAUGUUCCUAUUCCUGGAUAUAAAACGAAAAAUACAAUAAGCCUUCGCCUAUGGGAUGCAAAAGCAAGUGCUGAAGAUUUCAAUCUAUUUCAGUUCAAUGAUGGACAGUAUGAAUCAGCUGCUUCGCUGCACUCUAAAGCACAGCAGAUAUGCGCUGUCUUAUACCCCGGUGAUACUACAGAAAAUGGAAAGAUUCUACGGCUGAAACAACAAUUCUUCCUUUGCAGUGCAUCACUCCAGGAUAUUAUUGCUAGAUUCAAGGAGAGGAAAGAUGGAAAAGAGACUUGUCAAUGGACGGAAUUUCCUAACAAGGUUGCUGUUCAAUUGAAUGAUACUCAUCCCACACUUUCCAUACCAGAACUAAUGCGGCUAUUGCUGGAUGUCGAAGGGCUUAGUUGGGAUUUAGCUUGGGAUGUGACAUCAAGGACUAUUUCUUACACCAAUCACACAGUUCUUCCUGAAGCAUUAGAGAAAUGGUCACAGGCUAUACUCUGGAAACUUCUUCCCCGACAUAUGGAAAUUAUUGAAGAAAUUGAUAAGAGGUUCAAAGAAAUGGUGCGUUCCAGCCAUACUGAUAUGGAAUGCAAGCUCCCAAUGAUGCAAAUUCUGGAUAGUUCCAAUCCAGAGAAACCUGUUGUGCGCAUGGCUAAUUUGUGUGUUGUUUCUUCACACACAGUAAAUGGGGUAGCACAGUUACAUAGUGAUAUCCUAAAGUCUGAGCUAUUUGCGGACUAUGUUUCUUUAUGGCCUGGUAAGUUUCAGAACAAAACUAAUGGUAUUACGCCUCGUCGGUGGCUACGUUUCUGUAACCAGGAGCUUAGUAACAUAAUUACCAAGUGGCUGAACAGUGAUGCUUGGAUCACUAAUCUUGACCUCCUUUCUGGGCUUCGUCAAUUUGCUGACAAUGAGGAGUUGCAUGCUGAAUGGGCUUCAGCGAAGAUGGCGAGCAAAAGUCGCCUAGCACAGUAUGUAUUUAACAUUACAGGAGUGGAAAUUGAUCCAAACAGCCUAUUUGACAUCCAAAUUAAGCGCAUCCAUGAAUAUAAGAGGCAGCUGCUGAACAUUCUGGGGGCAGUUUAUAGAUAUAAAAAAUUGAAGGAAAUGGGCGCUGAAGGGAGGAAGAAAGCAACUCCGCGUACCAUCAUGAUUGGAGGAAAGGCAUUUGCAACCUAUACAAAUGCAAAGAGAAUAGUCAAACUUGUGAAUGAUGUUGGUUCUGUGGUUAACAAUGAUCCUGAAACUAAGGAUUAUCUAAAGGUUAUCUUUGUUCCGAAUUACAACGUCUCAGUGGCUGAAAUGUUAAUUCCUGGUAGUGAGCUAUCUCAACACAUCAGCACGGCUGGCAUGGAAGCUAGCGGGACAAGCAACAUGAAGUUUGCACUAAAUGGCUGCCUCAUUAUUGGCACAUUGGAUGGUGCAAAUGUUGAAAUUAGAGAAGAAAUUGGAGAGGAUAAUUUCUUUCUUUUUGGUGCCAAAGCAGAUGAAGUGCCAAAACUGCGCAAGGAGAGAGAAGACGGACUGUUCAAACCAGACCCACGAUUUGAGGAGGCGAAGCACUUUAUAAGAAGUGGUGCUUUUGGCGCUUACAACUAUGAACCCCUUCUAGACUCCUUGGAAGGAAACUCCGGCUACGGACGUGGCGAUUACUUCCUCGUAGGCCAUGACUUUCCAAGCUAUAUGGAUGCACAAGAUCGAGUUGAUGAAGCAUACAAGGACAAAAAGGGAUGGCUGAAGAUGUCUAUUCUGAGUACGGCUGGAUGUGGCAAAUUCAGCAGCGAUCGCACGAUCUCAGAAUAUGCUAAGGAGAUAUGGGGAAUUAGCCCCUGCCCUGUGCCGUAAAAUCACACAGGGCAUUUUGAUGAACUGUUUGUACUAGAUCUCUUUUAAUUUUUCUUUUCCUGAGAGUUCAUUGAAAUAAAUUUAUACUCCCAACAUUCCAGAAGGGUUACCAGCAAAAUUAUCCAGUAUUUACUGCAUAUUCCAGAGGUGAUCACAACCUCUUUAAAUCUUCAUUUAACCUAAUGUACUUU